CAGGUGGCCGGCGCGUGGAGGUUAGGAUUGCUGGCGCUGUCCGCACGAGAGCAGGUCCUGAAACGCUGUGCGCGCCACAGUGGACGCUGGGCGCCGCGAGUUUUUCUCCGUCUCAUCAUAACGCCGGUGUUUGUGUCCACGCCACGGCUCUGACGUCUUUGGGAGACAACUACUUGGACAAGUCAGGACUGUUUUUGCUUCUCUUUAAAGCCAACAAUUUUGUCUCAAAAGUGACGUUCAGACCCGGAUCCCCUGAGAGAGUCAGUGAGCUGUGAGACCCGGUUACAACAGAGAACUGCGGUUCAGCCUACUGCCAUCUAUUCACAUUGGAGGACAGAACUGAACAGCUCAAGACUAUUGCUGUGUUACGCUUUUUGUGCGUCAAGAUUUAACACACUCAGAAGGAUGCGGUUGUAGCAUUCCCAUGCUGCAUUUUAACAGACAGGAGACAGUUGUCCGAAGACUCAUCUCAGUCACUGGGGGACCAAUCUAUCUUGGACCAAAUCCAUUUAGUAAUUUGUUAUGUUAUUUCUUUAUUUCUCAAGUAUCUUAAGUACAUCUCAGAAACAAAAAAGUUAUUUUAGAAGUCACACCAUCGGACCGCACAGAAGAAGGACCGAGGGCAGACCACUAGAAUUUUUUAUUUUAUUUUAUUAUUAUUAUUAUUAUUUUUAACCACAGCUUUUUGAUUAAAGAUAAAUAGAAGGAAUGAGCGCUGCCGCUGUGGUGAAGCUCCUCUGGUUUUGGAGACACCAGAACAGAGCUUGGUGCGUCCCGUCCCCAUGAGGUGGAAGUCUGUAUCCGAUUCUCACUAUUCUCACUGUUAUUUGUUCAUCAGCCAAGUAUUUUUUAUAUCCCAAACACGUUACAACUAUGAGUGUUUUUUACUAAACUAAUCUGGCAGCAAUUCUGCGGGCAUAGAAUUGUAAUAACUUGAAACAUUUACGCUUUGCCCUUGUGCGCUUCUUUGGCUGUCGAAGUGGAAAAGGCGGCAGGCUGAAACUGGGGGUCCAGUGGUAUUUUGAAGAGCCUCGUUCUGAAACGGGGCCCCGCAGCCCCACAUCACUCAUGGAGAUUCACUGUAAGCACGACCCGUUCGCAGCAAUGCACAGACAUGGAGGUGUGAACCAGCUCGGAGGCGUGUUUGUAAACGGACGCCCUCUUCCAGAUGUGGUUCGGCAGCGAAUAGUGGAACUCGCUCACCAAGGAGUACGGCCCUGUGAUAUUUCACGACAACUACGAGUUAGCCACGGAUGUGUAAGCAAGAUACUGGGCAGGUACUAUGAGACAGGCAGCAUCCGCCCCGGCGUUAUCGGGGGCUCCAAACCAAAGGUUGCUACACCCAAAGUGGUUGACAAAAUAGCCGAUUACAAACGCCAAAACCCCACCAUGUUUGCCUGGGAGAUCCGGGACAGACUGCUCGCGGAGAGAGUGUGUGACAACGACAGCGUCCCCAGCGUCAGCUCCAUCAACAGGAUCAUUCGGACUAAGGUUCAGCAGCCGGGCCAAACAGGCUCAGUGGCGGCUCACAACUUAGGGACAUCUGUAGCUGCCACCCAGGUUUCUGCAGUGACCAGUGAUUCAGCAGGCUCCUCCUACUCAAUCAGUGGGAUUCUGGGUAUCAGCUCGGCAACUGAUGUGGGCAAGAGGAAGAGAGAUGAAGGUAUGCAGGAGUCGCCGCUGGCCAAUGGGCAUGGCCACAGUGGGCGGGACUUCCUCCGAAAACAGAUGAGAGGGGAGCUAUUCUCGCCGCAACAGAUCGAGGUAUUGGAUCGCCUGUUUGACAGACAGAUGUCCAGUCCAAUGCAGGCCUGCCCCGAGCUGUAUGUGGGCCUAGACUGUGGCAAGACGUCAGAUUACUCGGCCAUGGCCUCGCUCGCUGGUGGACUUGAUGAGAUGAAGAGUAGUUUGGCCAAUCCGGGCACAGGAGCAGAUUUGGGAGCUGGUGUUUCUGGGCCUCAGUCCUACUCACUAGUGCCAGGUCGAGACUUAGCCAGCACAACUCUACCAGGCUACCCUCCUCAUGUCCCUCCCACUGGACAGGGCAGCUACUCCACCCCUUCGCUCACAGGCAUGGUAGCUGGAGGAGAUUUCUCUGGAAGCCCAUAUUCUCAUCCUCAGUAUUCAACUUACAAUGAAUCAUGGAGAUUUCCAAACCCCAGUUUAUUAGUGUUUCAGCAGGACUAUGGCUCUAUCCUGGGCACAGAAAUCGGCUGCUCCUCCAGUCUCUUCACCAGCCAGGCCGGACAGAUGCAAGGGUCACCAUACUACUAUAGUGCGACGUCCAGAGGGGCUGGCCCUGCUGCUACUGCUACAGCCUCAGCCUACGACCGCCACUGACCCCCAGGACAACAUGUGGGAGGGAGUGAUAGCACCAGGACAUCUCAGAACUUAACAUUGUGAAGACCAUUCCAGUUAGUUAGGCUGACGAAUAGUUUAGCAGCAGCUGUUGACAUCAUGGACAUGUUUCUGAACAAGUCAGUGGGAUCAGAGUGCAGUUGAGUGAGUUCAUCAGUGUAAACCUUUCUGCAAAUUCACUGUCAAUCAAUCUUGUAUCUAUGCCAUCCAACAGUGAUGUAAAGACAAUCCAACUCCCAAAACUAUUAAUGACCAAAAUCCACCAAAUCAUUGUCAUUUUGUCACCUUUUCUGAAAUAUCUCAAGCAGGAAAACAGACAUAGUUGCCAUCCAAUUCCCACUGCAUUUUAAGCUUUACAAAACAAAAGACAUUUAAACCAGAUGAAAAGCACAGCCCCAAAUCUAAAUGAGCCAGGGAGUGUCACUAAAUGAAGGUGCUAUCCUGCCCCCACAGCCCAGAUAUAAGAGCUAUUUAUAAUGAAGGAGAAACAGAGUAAUAUAUUAUGAAGCUUUUCUGUGCUAUGGGAGUGACUACUGCCUGUAAUGAUUUAUAAUGUGUGUCAAGCUGUUGUGAUAGAAUAGUGAUGAUGACCGAGCUGACGCAGUGACAUUUCUUCAUAUUACAAAGUCUUUGUUCAUAAAUGUAAACUGACUGCGAUAUUUCUCGCCUGGUAUCAGUCGACACAAAUGCCAUGUUGAUUCCUGAAAACAGGAAGUUAUGGAACUUAAUACUGUCUUUCUAUUUCUCUUGAAACUCCCCAAAGAUGGGCCCCCCUAGUGGAUCGGCUGACAACAACAAAAGCACAAAGAGACUCAAUCAUUUCUGCAUUUUCUCCUCCCUUUUCUUCUGUUACUUUACAUCUUAAAACUGUUCUAUGGUGUUAAUGAAACUGCCUGGUGAAUUAUAAGUAAACAAAUGUCUGCCACAUUGGUUCUGCGCAGUGACAAUGCAUGAUGCCAGGGUUGAGGCCUUACCCAUUCACAUUCAUCAGAGAAGCAUAACUUUUCCCUCUUUCUGCUUAAUAUAAACUGUUUUUGUAACUUUCCAUCCAGACAAUUUUGUACAGUGAUCAGUGAAAUAGAAAAAUACAAAGUCACAAUGUUGAUAGGUAUUUGAAAUACUCCCAUGAAAAUUUAGCUUUUAGUGAUGAAGCUUUCUUUGACAAAGGUGUGUGGUGUUGUUUUAGCCAUUGUCUGCGAGUGUUAAUCCCAGUUUCAUUGUUUUGGGUAAGACUGUUCAUUGCUUCUGUAGUUUACUAGAGAACAUUUUGGACACACCACAUAGUAUGUGGCAUAACAUAAAAAUAUAUAAAAGUAUACAACUAAACAAAGCUAUUAGUUUCUCAACCUGUCGUUGUUUCUGAGUUUUGAGCAAGUAAAUAGAGCUUAUCCUUUUGUAGAGUUUGAAAGUUGUGAGCAAACAACUCUAAAAAACAUUUUAAUGAACGGCUUGCCCGCUGUGCCGAGCAGUGGGGAGCAUUUUUCUUUCCAUCCUGUAUUUUCUCUCAAACUUUGAGGCAUUAUCAAACCUGAACCACACCAGCUAAAAACAAGGACAGUGCCUUUAGUUUUCUAUGUCGACAGCCCCCUUUGCUGACCACGUGUCUCUAAAACCGGAUUCAGCCACCCUUGUAUGAACUUUUUAAAGCAGACGGUGAUAUUAGUACCAACAUAUUAUUGUACAAACUGCAGUGAAAUACUAAAAAGGCACAACAAAUUAAAAAGCCACAAUGUUGUUACCCUGUACAAAAGCAUUACGUCACACACUAGCGUAAACAGGAGUCAAUCCUUGAGGAAGUCCUUGAGGCGGUGAAUCAGCUGUGUCCAAGAAGCUGUGACACCAAACAAGUCUCUUCUCCAUUAACAGGAUUAUUUGUUAACUAUGCAUCUUCAUAAGGACACAUCCGGGCUUGCCAUUGCUUUGACCUAAUUGGCUCACAUUGUUGGGGGAGAGGACAGAUGCCAGAGUCGAUUGGUAGCCGUGACAUUGACUGCAGUUGGUGGUACGUACAUACACUUUACGCUACAGUACAGGCACAUGAGGACACACCCCCUUUUGUCCUUUAGCGCUGUGGCCCCUCCCUCGUGCCCUGCAUUCCCAAGGGGCGCCCAAACCUGCUGUGCCAUCAGAAGCUCAUCCCGUUUUUUUGCUCUAAUCUCAUCAGAAUAUCUCUCCUCAUGCCGUUCCUCUGCCACACACCGGGCCAGAUUAGGAAUAUUAAAACUGCUCCGCCGACCUCCCUCAAAAAGCUCUUUUCUUCACACAGCGCAUUAAUCCCCUUUCCUCUCUUUUGCGGACUUCUCUAUCUGACCAUUCGCACAGCUGUGUAAUGAAGAAGUCCCGUUUGUAUAAAGCCGGGUCAUUUCAAUGGCAAAAUCACACAUUUAAUUUACACUGAACCAUAGACUGUAUAUAAAAAUGGACAUAGCUAACCUACUAGUCGCUGCAUUACAAAGAAGAAGUGAACACGGGGGCACUUCCGGCUAGGCUGAUUCAUCAGCCGGUUUCACUUUAUGGAAACCGUCUGACCUUGCAGCAUUAGGAUUCGUUCGGUCGACAGUAGGCCGGUACUUUUUUUUAUUUAACCAAUCACUGCUAUUUGGUUGUCACGCAUGUAAUGCGCCAAAUCCCCUAGGAAGAAGGGCAAUAACGUCUUUCUCCUUGAUAAAUUUCACCAAACCUUCUCUUUGUUCCGGCUUUAAAUCCUCAAUCUCGGGAAUUGUUGCCAACACAGAAUGUAUGGCUUCGUCUAAAUCUCAACCACUUUGUUUACUAUUAUGUUGGACUACAAAAGGAACCCAGACAGGUGCUUGAUUUUGACAUCAUGGCUUCACAGCUCUUCGUUGAUUGACUGAUGCCCGGACUCGCACUUCCGGUGUUCUUGCAAACCGUAUAGUGUAUUCCGAUUCCUGACCUAGUCGCUGGAGAGAAAUUAAAUUGAGCGUAGGCACUAGGUGGUGCCGGCCUGGCUAUCUUCCAGCUCCAUCGACUCUGUUUCCAUUUAACUUUAUAUUGAAAAAUUGUCACCCCUCUCUUUGUAACUGCUGCAGUGACCCGCGUGAUUUUGGUUUGGUUUUUAUUUCACUAUUUUAUACAUAAAUUCAAAAAAAAAAAAAAAAACUAUUCCCAGUAUGAACCUGGCUCCAAAUUCGCCCCUAUAACUGCUAGCCUCAUGAAAUUCAUUUGACUGGAGCUGAAUGUUAAGGAUGGCGUCACAUUCUGUUAGUCCACUUCUUUAUACAGUCUAUGGGUCGAAAAUGCUUUUGCAACCACAGGCAGUAGAAGAAUAAAGGCUAUACCUAAAGUGGCUCCAAGAUGCUAGAGGCAACUCUCAGAAUUAUCUCAGUAUCUUGAUGAAAUUAUAGUACCUGAUUUUCAACUGUAACCACUGAGUUCCAAAGUCCUUUUUCAAUAGUAUAGUACAAAAAAUCCAUUGGUUUACUAAGCAGUUCUAGUCUACGUUAAUAACAUUCCCUUUUUUCCAUAUCAAUUGAUUUUCUCUGUCACCUUUGAAAUUUCUCAUGAGUAUCACUAGACCCAGUGAUGUAGAUAAUGGAUUCCAAUUCUGAAUUAUGCCUAAACUGUAAUUCUUGUACCAGAGUUUCUUCUGUCUGUGGUUUCAGUAUUCAAAAAUAUCACCCCGAACUCUCUCGUCCAAGUCAAAAAGGGAAAUACAUGUAAAUGAGCUUUCUUUUUUAUUAUGACUUCUCUCAGCAAGUGUGUAGCGUCUGACUGUAUCUCAAUACUAGCCCUUGAAGAUGGCUACUGCCUGGUGUAAAACCUGGGGGGAUUCCGGCAUCACUUCUUGACAGCAAUUAGUGGCACAAUCUGUUUCACGCUUGCUAAUAUAACUAGGCUUUGGACAUAUCUGCUACUGAAGUCUUACAAUGCUCUGUACAUCUUAAUAUUAUUCAACUGUGGAAAAAGGGAGACGAACAUAGGACUGAACCUACAAAAUCGACUGCUGUUUUGUAAUCCGAUCAAUCCAAUCAAAAAAUACAUACGUUUUCACCUUACUGUGGCCUUUCGUGUAACAAUCCCGAGUUUGUAUUGUCCAUGGCCUCCUAUUUGAGGUGUUAAAGGGGUAUUUAACCUAUGGCAUUUUAGAAAUAAUAUCAAAGCAUCAAAAACAGAAAAUAUCCGCUUGAUCGAUCCUUCAAAAGUCAAACUAAAAUGUCAGCAUAUCUGUACUGCUCACCAAAGCCUGUGAUGCCUGUUUAAACAACAUAGUCUUGUACAGAAAACUAUUAAAUUAACAGAAAAGAAUUUCAGAUACAAACAUUAGAUUAAGUUCAGAAUUGCCUUCAAAUAUUCUGGAGGGGAGGAUUUAAAAAAGUAAAACAAACGCUUCUUUAAGAAAAUGUGUAUGUUUUAUAUUCAAUUUUCUAGUAGUUGCAAACAAAACUUGGUGUUUUUUCUUCUUGUGUGUUGUGUGUUGUCUUAAUAUUUGAAUGUAUUUUACUGCAGUGAGAAUUUGCCAAAGAUAUCAUAUCACUGAAUUUUGUUUUUCCCUCUGGUUUAGUUUUUCAUAAUUGUGACCAAUUUCUGUCAAGAAAAUUGUGUAUUUGAUAUUCAGCUUUUUUAUUAUUGCUAUUAAUAUUAUUGUUAUUUUAUUCCUUUUUUUUUUAGUUUACUGUGAAAUGGACAAAUAAAUUGCAGUUUGCUUGAUGCAUCUUCAUACUCUGUGUACCUGUCCAUCACCUGAGUGACUGUUGUUGGUGAAUUAUUCCAUUUAUGUACCUGUAAUGUGAAGCUAAGAAGUAAUUAUUUGUAAAUAUUUGCCAUAAUUUUAUUGAUCCUUCAGAAUAAAAAAAAUAAUUUUGGAAGUUAAA